CCAGCAUGGAAGUCAGUCAAACGACACUAACCCACGUUUCUUACUUGGCAUCACUUUAACCAUCUCCUCGAGAUCCUCGCCCUCCGUGAAACUAUCUCCGAAUCCCACUCCCGUCGCCGGAAAACCGCUGCUGCUCCGCCCGAAACCGUAGUAGAAGUAUAAUUCCCGGCUGAUUUAUAAAAUUAUAGAAAAGAUCGCUGUCGAAAUGAGUAACGGGGAGCUACUUCAAAUCCACCCAGUAGAACUUCAAUUUCCAUUCGAAUUGAAGAAGCAGAUCUCAAGUUCCUUGCAAUUGAGCAACAAAUCAGAUGACUAUGUAGCCUUCAAGGUGAAGACGACGAAUCCAAAGAAGUACUGUGUAAGGCCCAAUACUGGAAUUGUGAUGCCUCGCUCUACCUGUGAAGUCAUAGUUACAAUGCAAGCACAAAAAGAGGCACCACCGGACAUGCAAUGCAAGGAUAAGUUCCUGCUUCAAAGUGUCAUAGUAAGCCCCGGAACUAUGGCUAAGGAUAUAACUCCAGAAAUGUUCAACAAAGAGUCUGGGAAUCAUGUUGAAGAGGUCAAGUUGAGAGUGGCUUAUGUUCCACCUCAACCACCACCAUCACCUGUGCGGGAGGGGUCCGAGGAAGGUUCCUCACCUAGGGCUUCAAUAUCUGAAAAUGGAGCUGAGUUCCACAAUGCUUCAAGGACAUAUGCUGAGCCACAAGACAACUCAUCAGAGACAAAAGCACUAAUUUUGAAGCUGUCAGAGGAGAAAAAAUCUGCAAUACAGCAAAAUAACAAGCUUAAGCAAGAAUUGGAGUUGUUGAGGCGAGAAAGCAGCAGACGUCGUGGCGGAAUCCCAUUUAUGUAUGUUAUUAUUGUUGGACUGGUGGGCCUCUUUCUUGGUUAUCUUCUCAAGAAGACAUGAUGGCUAAGAGGUUGCUGCUACAUGGUCAGUGCAGAGCCAAAUGUUUAAAAAAAUCUAGAACCUUGAAGAAAAAGGUGACUAAUCCAGUAAAGCUUUGUAUCAUUAGUUGUCUGGUUGACUUAAAAAUGUACAAGACAGGUUUUAAUCUGUUUUUGUAAUGCCUGAGCUCGAGAGUAUCAUCGUGUGACUAACUGCAUUUGACAUCCUUUGCCAACAUGUGAAGGAGACAUUUUAGUGUGCUAAUUAAGUAUACUUCCUGUUUAUGGACUGCAGCUAGUUUUUGUCCCUCCACUAAUAGUUAUCAGAGUUAUCUUA